CCUACACUACUAAUUCUGCUUAAUAUUAAAUUCACGCCUCACAAAUUCGUACUUUUUGGCGACCUCAUAUGAAAAUAAUCAAAAUAAGGAAUCAAAACCUCAGAGUUAACAACGGCAUGGACCUCAUUGCACCGGAGCCAGGCAGUAACCAUGACAACAAUGAUCAUCCUGUAACCAUGGUAACGCUGACAGAUUUAAUCAGUCAAGACAUUCCAGAAGGAGGAUCUGUCCUACUGGAGUUUCCCUCGAGUUCUAACACAAGCCUUACUUUUGUCAAUGACGAAAAGUUUUUGAUUUACGACUUUCCKCCGCCGUCUUCGUUCUACAACGAGUACCUUCUACCCCUGAGGGCGUGUCCCGUGGCAGGCAAUCGCGUACCCCUGAUUCUUAAUGGGUACCCCUGCCACGCCCUGAAGGAUCACUGGCAACGUUGGGUUCCUGGGUAUGUUGAGCCAGUGAUAAAAUCCACCGAGUUAAUAAAGAAUGAGAAAGGGCCUAUAGUUGUAACAUUCCCRCAYCAAGUGAUCCCCGCUGACMAACAUGCUGUUGAUCCUUACGURCACUACUGGAUACUAUCAAAACARUGUAUUCCAUAUAUGGGUACGACGUAUCCCAAACAUAUGUCCAUUGAUAACUAYACGUUGCCUUGUAUGGUUAAGGCUGCACACGGUAAAGGGACGAAAGGAACAUACAGAGUURAUACACAACAAGAAAUGAAUUCCGUACUAAAAGAAAUGGAGGAUAAUCUGAAAUCUGCAAAAGCACCUGUAAUAACCGAGAUGAUACAAGAUAUCACUGGAAACUACUGCUUACAGUUUUAUCUGUUUAAAUCUGGUGAAAUUCACUGGCUUGGAGUUACAACACAGAUCAUAGGAAAAGGUCUUGUAUGGGGAGGCGGURUGGUGGAUUGGACCGAGCAAGRUAGAUUAAAAGACCAGUUAUACAAGACGAUAGUCCCAGUUAAGGAAUACCUGCAUAAACAAGGAUACUUUGGCAUUGUAGGCAUCGACAUUUUGACAAAUAAAGAUGAUCAGUUUGUGAUUGAUGUCWACCCUAGAAUGAAUGGUACAACCCCCCAGYUAUUGCUCGCUCCUGUUAUGGCCGCGUUGGCUUAUCACGUGUCUACCUACCUUGCUGAUGGCAGAUUUCAGAUCUCGUCUGACGUCCUCCUCAAGAGAGUYAACAGUAUUAAUGAGCAAGGGGAAGUUAGAAUUGUUGUUCUCUCUAUGGCAGAUGUCAAUACAGGAAGCGUCGCACACCUUGCGGUGUUUGGAAAAUCAGAAGAAAUGUCGAGAAAGAUACACGAGAAGCUAAAGUCAAAAUGAUUUUUUUAAUCAAUAUAAUUGUAGUAAUUUUAACGUCAAAGUGACAAAUUCAUGAUUAGCAUUUGUACGUAGUUUCACGAUUCAAGAGUGUAU